AUGAACAAUGGGUUGUUAACGUGGAGGGUGCCUUGGACAGCGAUUCGGCCUUCUUUUCGAUCAAAGACCCCCCCCGACUCUUUAAAUCGCUCUCGUUUCUUUUGUCGCCAUUGGCCUCCUCCUCAGAGCUGGCAAAUCGCAGCAGCACCUAAUGUGAAUGAUACCGCCCAGAGACACUGGUCUCCCGCUACGCGCAAGUUCCCAUUACACCCCCCCAAGCGCCCUUUUAAUAAAUCCUCUCUACUCCUUUCAGGCUCGUUCUCCAAAGGCCAACAGAAGCAGGAAGAAGGAACUCCAUUCCAAUCUCGUGAACUUUCGCACUCUGAACUGUCGCGGAUAUUUGGAACGCCAAGGAUUCCGCCUGCUUUCGGCAAUCGAAUUCUUCGUGUUCUUCAUGGGCGACGUGUAGCGGGUACCCUUGACUUGGACUUACCACCAGAUAUAGUGAAGGCACUGCCGCAACAUGUUCUUGAUGACGGUCUGAAAUGGCUGCGUGUCAACUUCCCUCUUGAUGAGGAUGCGGCUAUUAUCAAAAGAAUUGAGAGGGAAGAACAAGAGGAAGAAGAAAAGCUAAUCAAACGCGCGGAAGACUUAGGUAUAUAUAAACCUCAGAGCGGGAGAUUCGGUGCGGAAAUUGAGAAAGAAGGGGAUGUAUAUGGCCGUAGCAUUCUUCAAGAAAUAAGAAGAGAAAACGAAAAGGUUAACAAGCGAAAAGAUGAAGAUGAGAGACGGGAGUGGCUGGAAUCAGAGGCAAAGGAGAAGGAAAACCUCAGGACCUCGAUACAGAGGAGCACUGAGCUUGCGAAGUUUGAAGCGUCGGCUUUGGAAGAAGCCCGUCCACGUGCCGAUCCAGAGCAACGUCCUGCUUUGGCAUGGAUUCAAAAGCACCAUUUACGUGCUACAGCAACAAACAUAGAUACGUCGAAAAUGACUACAUCGCGCCGUAUAUUACCCUCACUCGGCGUCGCGAUUUUAACUGCCAGUCUUUGCUAUUUCUACUCAGAAACAUACCAGCCACCAGCUCGGGAAAACCGUAUACUCCCAUCAUUUCCCCCCGCGGCAGCGACUGUGAUAGGCCUUAUUGGGGCCAAUGUAGCAGUAUUUCUUCUAUGGAGAGCAUUUCCCCCUGCAUGGAGGUUUCUUAAUAAAUUCUUCAUCAGUGUGCCGUUAUAUCCUUACUCUUUAAGCAGCAUAGGGUGCGUCUUUAGUCACCAGCAGCUACGGCACUUAGGCGCCAAUAUGUGCAUUCUUUGGUUUGUUGGAACCAAAUUACAUGAUGAAGUUGGCCGGGGAAAUUUCUUAGCGCUGUACCUUUCCGCCGGUGUCUUUUCUUCCAUAACAUCACUCAUGGCUCAUGUUCUCGGUAACAAAUUAACAGUGACGUCCCUUGGAGCUAGCGGUGCGAUUUCGGGCUUAGUUGCCGCCUGGUGCUUACUUCAUUCUAAUGACAAACUUACAAUUGCGUUUCUCCCGCGAAACUGGCAAGAGAUGUUCUCCGCCAAUGGGAGUACUUUUCUUGCAGUAAUCGUACUUGUGGAAAUCAUCACCCUUGUAUCGCCAUUCAGAAUAGCUUCCAUGGAUCAUUGGGCACAUUUAGGCGGGUAUGCUACGGGUGCCGUUGUUGGGUGGCUGUGGAAAGAGAAGAGGGAAAGGGACCGGAAGAAGAGCGUCUGGCAAAAGUUCCUAGACGGAUACCACUGA